AUGAUCUCCACGGGCAGACUCAAGCCAGCGUUUGCACUUGGAGUGUGUGCCCUCCACAGCCGACGUAUCACGGUAUCCAAAAUGUGCAGGGUUUUCAAUCUCAACUUGUCCAAAACGUGUUCUUGUCUUGGCCAAAACGUUGCGAUUCAUGUGCCAACGGCAGACCAGAAAUGGGAGGUCGGGGAACGAGCGAUCCAACCUGUUCAUACAGGCCUGGUUCCGAUCUGUAACACAGAGUUCAUGUUCGUCAUUCUUCAAGCCGAAUUUUCAUUGUACAACCAGUUUUACUUGUCCCUCGCUGUACUCGAAUUCUCUCGUCUUCAGAAGGAUAACGCCAAGGGGAUAUGGCAGUGCGACUUCAAAUGCGACAAAUACGGACAUACGCAGAACAACCGUCACCUUACUGAAGACGAGAGAAUUCGAGUACAGCGAGGGACAAAUCGGGACCAGGCCUGUAUGAACGCGUUGGAUCGCUCGUUCCCCGACCUCCCAUCUCUGGUCUGCCGUUGGCACAUGAAUCGCAACGUUUUGGCCAAGACAAGAACACGUUUUGGACAAGUUGAGAUUGAAAACCCUGCACCUGGCCAGGAUAAGUACGAGAACACGGUUGCAACAGAUCAGUUCUUGGAGCUGUAUUAUGACGCCGUCGAAGCUCCUUCGGAAGCGGAAUUUGAAUCGCGCUGUGCUAUUAUUCUGAUCGAUCCGGCUCCUUUGAAGCCAAACAAGUCCACAAAGCGUAGAAAAACACACAAGAAGAACCACGGAGUGUCCGGUACGGCUCGGGAUCCUACGUAUGCCGAUAAGGUCGACAUGAGCUAUCCAGCGCUCCGCCCGGAUUCUGAAAUGACUUUUACCGAACUGCUUCUGUCAAACACAGUACCGAUUCAUACUAUCUCGGCAUUCACCAUGCAACUCCCGUCUCUGAACGAAGUAUUAAACCAGAGAACCAACACCAGCACGCAAGAGCAACCCUCAGACAGCCAAGGACAAGCAACGAAUACAACAAACCAGCCAUUCUAUUACGAGUUUCUACCUCCUCGUAGUUGGGGACACGCGGGUCGUAGACCAUUUUAA